GGAAAAAGAGAGAAAGAGGAGAAUGCUCCUCUACUCGAGCGACUGAAAACCCUUGAGGGAAAUCUGGAAGGAAAAAUAAGCGGAGAAGCGGAAGAAAUUGGAAGGAACAUAAAAGAGAAAGCAGGAGAACUGAAGGAAGAAAUAAAAUCAAUAAAUAUAGGAAACCUACCCGCAACUUAUGCUGAAACAAUAAAGAAAAAGAAAACACAAAUUCCUGCCACCCUGCACUCAAUAGUUGUCUCAUCAGACGAACAAAUGGAUACAAGCGAAGACGUUAUCAAGAAAACGGAAGAAAUAUUAAAACCUAACAAUGGAGACCUAAAGAUUGAUAGGGUUAGAAAAAUAAAAGAUCAAAAGAUAAUUAUUGGAUGUAGCAACAAAGAAGAACUGGAAAAGGUGGAGGAAAGACUAAGGAAGAGUAGGAAUAUCAGAAUAGAGGCGGUAAAAAACAAAGACCCAUUAAUAUUAAUCAAGGAUGUUAAGUAUAAAAUGACGGAUGAUGAGUUAAUGGAAGCACUAAUUAAACAAAACUCCGAGCUCUUCCAACAAGAAAAUAAAAAAGAGGAUGUAAAAAUAAAAUAUAGACGCAGAGCGAAACAUCCCGAAAGAUGUCAUCUGAUUGUACAAGUCAAACCUAACACCUGGAACAGAACAACAACACGGGGACGAAUAUAUAUUGGAAUGGAGCGUUUAAAGGUUGAGGACCAAUCGCCUUUAAUACAGUGCACACGAUGUCUCCAGUUCGGACAUGGACGGAAAUUUUGUACAGAAAGUGCGGAUAGAUGCAGCCACUGCGGGGGACUCCACAUCCGAGCAGACUGCCCGGAUAAAGGGGAACCACCGAGGUGCUGCAACUGUGCGCACGCCGAACUGGAAGACAUCGAGCACAACGCGUUUAGCCGGGAAUGUAAAAUCAGAGACAAAUGGGACUAUCUCGCUCGAUCAACAACGGCCUAUACAUAAAACAAAAAUAGUACAAAAUAACGAAUACAUUACAAACAAAAAACAAAACAUAAAAACAAAACAGAAAUACAACACACAAAAACACAACCACAACACAUGCAAAAAGAACAUAAUAUUCUGGGGAAACAUCAUGAAAGAUGCAAGACCAGAAUACCAAAACAUUCUAACAGAACAAAACAUACACAAACAAAUAGAACAAACAAUACAUACAAAUAA